CUCUGAGAGAGACCAAGAGGACAGCCAUGUUUUCAGCCAGACCAGAGAUCCAGCCGUAAAAGACAAGAGGCGGUCGCCCCCCUCUAACAGAUCCCCCUCUGCCCCACAACGCAACCCUCACCACAGCGGCUCCACAGACGAACAGGAGAGCCCUGAGAGAGUGGUGCAGAAGGAGAAGCUCCAUGCAGAGCUGAAGCAGGUGUUGAGUCAGAAGAGAAGUCACCUCAGAGAGUCGACCUGCCAACUGGCCCAACCAGAGAUGGACUCAGAGCCCACAGACGAACAGACGAGUGGGGAGGAAGCCUCUAAGUCAGUGGAAAUCGUGGUGGAAACGGAGGCGGAAGCUGGAGCCAGCGGCUACAGUGUGACUGGUGGAGGACAGCGAGGGAUCUUUGUUAAAGACGUCCUCAAAGACUCACCAGCUGCUAAACAUCUCAGUCUGAAGGAAGGUGACCAGCUGCUGAGUGCCAAGGUCUACUUCGACAAUGUGAAAUAUGAAGACGCUCUGAAGAUCCUCCAGUGUGCAGAGCCAUACAAGGUCAGCUUCCUGCUGAAGAGGACCAUCCCCGGAGCAGAGGUCAGCAUGCGGCCUCGAGUCCCCAGUGUGGAGGUCAAAGGUCCCAAAGCCAAGAUGGCCAAAAUGAGUGUGAAGGGCACAAAGCCGUUCAAGACCAAGAAGAAGAGAGGUGGUCGCUUUGGUCUGAAGAGGCUGAAAGAGAAGCACAGAGAGGAGCUGGUGAUAGAGGGAACGCCCACCAGGCUGGAGAUGAGUGACGUGGAUGUGGAGUUUUCUCUCCCCAAGUUCAAACAGAGGAGGAGCGUGAAGGUUGAAGCAGGAGGAGCAGGAGGAGCAGCAGCCAUGGGGAAGGCAAAGAGGAGGAUCAGGUUUCCCCACAUGAAAACAAAGACGUAUGCAGAGACAGGAGAAAAAGUGGAACUAGGACAACUUGAGGGACAGGUGAAUAUCUCUUCAUCUGAGAUACCUGGAGCUAAAGUGAAAACCAAAGUAAAAGGACACAAGUUUGGAAUCACCUUUCCUAAGAGCAAACACACAAAGUCAGGCUCAGCUUUGGAAACUGUGGAGCUCAAGCCCCCGGGUGUGAACAUCCACCCACCAUCAGUGGAGUUCAGUUUGUCUGGUGAUAAAGACAAGGAUGUGGAAAAGGGAGGGGUUAAGAUGAGCACACCUGAUGUGGAGUUUGCGCUCCCUUCAGGAAAAGCAGAAGCAUCUUUACCUGCUGUGAAGGGAAAGGCAGAAAUCAAAGCCCCUAAAAUUGACAUCAAGGGAGGAGUUGAUGCAGAGGCAGCUGUGGGAAAAGUUGAUGUAGACACAGGAAAAGGAGAUGCAAAGCUAAGAAUGCCGAAGUUGAAACUGCCUAAAGUUAGACUCUCGCGCCAUUCGGAUGAGAUUGAUGGUGACGUUAAGGUCAAACCCAAAGGGAUAAAAGGACCUCACACUGACAUAAUACCUCCAAAAGUAGGAAUGAAAGGAGGUGGUGAGAUUGGUCUUACCGGAGCAGAUAUCACCAAACCAAAGAUCGGAGGUGAUAUUGAAUUGCCUUCUGUUGAUAUUUCUUUGCCAAAAAUGAGGGAAAAAUCUGACAUCAGCGUUUCACUCCCAGAGUUUGAAGGAGCUGGUAAGACAGCAAUCAGAAUGCCUGCCAUUGACAUCUCUGUGCCUGAUGUUGAUUUGGAAUUGGACGCCAAAUCUAGAAUUCCCGAUGAGGUGGAGGGCACUUUUAAAGGGCCCAAAAUUUCCAUGCCAAAGGUUGAUAUCUCAUUACCAAAGAUGGAAUCAUCCAAUGUGGAUAUUGAAGGUCCAGAAGGUGGAGGGAAAUUCAGCCUACCCUCUGUUGAUAUCUCUCUCCCAAAGGUGAAACCAGAGGGUGGAGAUGUGGACAUGGACUAUUAUGUUGGUGGGGAGGGGAAGUUCAAAAUGCCUGAUUUUGACAUACCUUUCCCAAAAAUUAAGUCACCAGAAGGAGAGGUAACUAUGGAGGGAGAAGAGUUGGAAGGAGGCUUCAAGCUACCCAAAGUAGGCUUAACCCUUCCCAAAGGCAAAGCAGAAACAACAGAUAUUGAAGGAGGAGGAAAAUUUCAGCUACCAUCAUUUGACAUCUCCCUCCCCAAAAUGAAGACAGGUGAGGUGGAAGUUGACAUCGAAGGUCCUGAGGUGAAAGGUGGUAAAUUUGAACUUCCCACACUUGACAUUUCUCUGCCCAAAGGAAAAAUGAAAGGAGACGCUAAAGUAGUAGGGCAUGCUGGGAAAGGAGGAGAUUUCAAAAUGCCCUCUGUUGACAUUCCUCUCCCAAAAACCAAGCUACCUGAAGGAAACGCUAAGUUAGAAUGCCCUGAACUUCCAAGUGUCGGCUUUUCACUUCCCAAGGCAAACAUAGAGGGCAACAUGGAGCUCGAGGGCAGUGGUGGUAGCAGAGCCAAGUUCAAGAUGCCAACUUUUGACGUCUCACUCCCCAAGAUGAAAACCAAGGAGGGAGUGGUUGAUAUUGAAGGACCUGAAAUCGAAGGAGGAGCAAAGUUCAACAUGCCAUCACUUGACAUUUCACUUCCUGCUAUGAAAUCACCAGAGGUGGAAGCAAAGAUCGAAGGUCAACAAGAUAUUGAAGGACCUACAGGAAAAGGAGGCAAGUUUAAGAUGCCUACAUUUGAUGUAUCACUACCAAAGAUGAAGAUUCCUGAGGGAAAUAUUGGCCUUGAAGGACCCUCUGUUGACAUCUCUCUUCCAAAGGGGAAAGUAGAGGGUGACAUACAAACUAAAGGUAAAGGAGGACAUUUUCAUAUGCCCUCAAUUGAUGUUUCUCUACCUAAAACAAAAUCAAAUAGAGGUGACUUCAACAUUGUGGGACCAGAAAUCAAAGGUGCAGAAAUUAAAAUGCCAACUAUUGACAUCUCAACACCUCAAGGAACAUUGGAAGGUGACAGCACUGUCAAACAUGAAGGACGAGGAGGUAAAUUCAACAUGCCAUCUGUGGACAUCGCCCAACCGGUAGUAAAAUUCCCUGAAGGAGAUGUGAAUUUUCAAGGGCCAAAAGUUAAAGGUGGGAAGUUUGAAAUGCCAAGAAUCGACCUCUCGCUUCCGAAGGUAAAAAGACAGGGAGACAUUGAUAUUGACAUCGACUCUGGAGGAGAUGGGAAAAUUGAAAUACCAUCCUAUGAUACUGGACUUCCUAAAGGAAAAGUCGAAGGUGACAUAAAUGUUAAAGGUGGGGGGACGGGUAAAUUCAAAAUGCCAAAUAUUAACAUUUCACUUCCAAAGAUUAACCUUCCUGAGGGUGAUGCCAAAGUGGACGGACCAGAGAUUAAAGGAAAAAUGGAAAUGCCAACUGUUGAUAUUUCACUUCCAAAAGGAAAAAUGAAGGGGGAUGCUGGCUUUGAAGGGGUUGAUAUUGAAGGACCUGAACUUAAAGGUGGCAUUUCACCUCCUCAAGGAAAAGUUGAGGGUGACCUAAAUGUUGAAGGCCUCGACAUAAAAGGAGGCAAAUUUAAAAUGCCCAAAUUUGAUGUCUCAUUGCCGAAAGUGAGUCUCCCAGAGGGCGAUGUCAAAAUAAAAGGGCCUGAGAUCAAGGGCAAGAAGAUUGAAAUGCCAGACAUUGAUAUUUCUCUCCCCAAAGGAAAAGCAGGAGGAGAGAUUGAAAUUGAAGGUCAAGUUGGCAAAGGAGGCAAGUUCCAUAUGCCCUCGCUCGAUAUCUCUCUUCCUAAAAUGAAAGCAAAGGGACCAGAGAUAACUACUGAGGGUCUUGACGUGAAAGGUGGAAAGCUGAACAUGCCAUCACUUGAUGUUUCUCUGCCCAAAAUGAAAUCUCCAGAGGUGGAUGUCAGCUUUGAGGGUCCUGAUGUUAAAGGAGGAAAGGUCAACAUCCCAACUGUUGACAUUUCACUUCCCAAAGGAAAAGUUGAGGGUGACCUAAAUGUUGAAGGCCCUGAAAUGAAAGGAGGCAAAUUCAAAAUGCCAAAGUUUGAUGUUUCUUUACCAAAAGUGAGUCUCCCAAAGGUUGAUGCCAAUGUGGAAGGACCAGAGAUUAAAGGAAAAAUGGAAAUGCCAACUGUUGAUAUUUCACUUCCAAAAGGAAAAAUAGAGGGAGAUGCUGACAUUGGGGGGCAUGUGGGCAAAGGAGGCAAGUUUCACAUGCCCUCAUUUGAUAUCUCUCUUCCUAAAAUGAAAGCAAAGGGAGUUGAUGUUGAUAUUGAAGGACCUGAACUCAAAGUUGAUAUUUCACUUCCAAAAGGAAAAGUUGAGGGUGACCUAAAUGUUGAAGGCCCUGACAUAAAAGGAGGCAAAUUUAAAAUGCCCAAAUUUGAUGUCUCAUUGCCGAAAGUGAGUCUCCCAGAGGGUGAUGUCAAAAUAAAAGGGCCAGACAUCAAGGGAGGGAAGAUUGAAAUGCCAGACAUUGAUAUUUCUCUCCCCAAAGGAAAAGCAGGAGGAGAGAUUGAAUUUGAAGGUCAUGUUGGCAAAGGAGGCAAGUUCCAUAUGCCCUCGCUCGAUAUCUCUCUUCCUAAAAUGAAAGCAAAGGGACCAGAGAUAAAUACUGAGGGUCUUGACGUGAACGGUGGAAAGCUGAACUUGCCAUCACUUGAUGUUUCUCUUCCCAAAAUGAAAUCUCCAGAGGUGGAUGUCAGCUUUGAGGGUCCUGAUGUUAAAGGAGGAAAGGUCAACAUCCCAACCGUUGACAUUUCACUUCCCAAAGGAAAAGCUGAGGGUGACCUAAAUGUUGAAGGCCCUGAAGUGAAAGGAGGCAAAUUCAAAAUGCCAAAGUUUGAUGUUUCUUUACCAAAAGUGAGUCUCCCAAAGGUUGAUGCCAAUGUGGAAGGACCAGAGAUUAAAGGAAAAAUGGAAAUGCCAACUGUUGAUAUUUCACUUCCAAAAGGAAAGGCUGAUGCCAAUAUUGACAUUGAUGGACACAGUGGUAAAGGAGGCAAGUUUCACAUGCCCUCGUUUGAUAUCUCUCUUCCUAAAAUCAAAGCAAAGGGAGUUGAUGUUGACAUUGAGGGACCUGAAGUCAAAGGUGACAUGCCACUCCCUAAAAUUAAAGCUCCAGAGGUGGAUAUCAGCCUUCAAGGCCCUGAUGUUGAAGGAGGAAAGUUUAAUUUGCCAUCUGUUGACAUUUCACUGCCCAAAGGAAAGGCUGAUGCUGACCUCAGCAUUGAGGGUCCUGAGGUAAAAGGAGGCAAAUUCAAAAUGCCCAAAUUUGACAUUUCCCUUCCAAAGAUGAACCUGCCAGAGGGCAAUGUGGAAAUGCCAACAGUUGAUAUUUCACUUCCAAAAGGAAAGAUAGAGGGAGAUGCUGAAAUUGGAGCACAUGUGGGCAAAGGAGGCAAGUUUCACAUGCCCUCACUGGAUAUCUCUCUUCCUAAAAUGAAAGCAAAGGGAGUUGAUGUUGAUAUUGAAGGACCUGAACUUAAAGGUGACAUUUCACUUCCUCAAGGAAGAGUUGAGGGUGACCUAAAUGUUGAAGGCCCUGACAUAAAAGGAGGCAAAUUUAAAAUGCCCAAAUUUGAUGUCUCAUUGCCAAAAGUGAGUCUCCCCGAGGGCGAUGUCAAAAUAAAAGGGCCUGAGAUCAAGGGCAAGAAGAUUGAAAUGCCAGACAUUGAUAUUUCUCUCCCCAAAGGAAAAGCAGGAGGAGAGAUUGAAAUUGAAGGUCACGUUGGCAAAGGAGGCAAGUUCCAUAUGCCCUCGCUCGAUAUCUCUCUUCCUAAAAUGAAAGCAAAGGGACCAGAGAUAACUACUGAGGGUCUUGACGUGAAAGGUGGAAAGCUGAACAUGCCAUCACUUGAUGUUUCUCUGCCCAAAAUGAAAUCUCCAGAGGUGGAUGUCAGCUUUGAGGGUCCUGAUGUUAAAGGAGGAAAGGUCAACAUCCCAACUGUUGACAUUUCACUUCCCAAAGGAAAAGUUGAGGGUGACCUAAAUGUUGAAGGCCCUGAAGUGAAAGGAGGCAAAUUCAAAAUGCCAAAGUUUGAUGUUUCUUUACCAAAAGUGAGUCUCCCAAAGGUUGAUGCCAAUGUGGAAGGACCAGAGAUUAAAGGAAAAUUUGGAAUGCCAACAGUUGAUAUUUCACUUCCAAAAGGAAAGGCUGAUGCCAAUAUUGACAUUGAUGGACACAGUGGUAAAGGAGGCAAGUUUCACAUGCCCUUGUUUGAUAUCUCUCUUCCUAAAAUCAAAGCAAAGGGAGUUGAUGUUGACAUUGAGGGACCUGAAGUCAAAGGUGACAUGUCACUCCCUAAAAUUAAAGCUCCAGAGGUGGAUAUCAGCCUUCAAGGCCCUGAUGUUGGAGGAAGAAAGUUCAACUUGCCAUCUGUUGACAUUUCACUGCCUAAAGGAAAGGCUGAUGCUGACCUCAGCGUUGAGGGACCUGAGGUAAAAGGAGGCAAAUUCAAAAUGCCCAAAUUUGAUGUUUCACUUCCAAAGAUGAACCUGCCAGAGGGCAAUGUGGAAAUGCCAACAGUUGAUAUUUCACUUCCCAAAGGAAAAGUUGAGGGUGACCUAAAUGUUGAAGGCCCUGAAGUGAAAGGAGGCAAAUUCAAAAUGCCAAAGUUUGAUGUUUCUUUGCCAAAAGUGAGUCUCCCAAAGGUUGAUGCCAAUGUGGAAGGACCAGAGAUUAAAGGAAAAUUUGGAAUGCCAACAGUUGAUAUUUCACUUCCAAAAGGAAAGGCUGAUGCCAAUAUUGACACUGAUGGACACAGUGGUAAAGGAGGCAAGUUUCACAUGCCCUCAUUUGAUAUCUCUCUUCCUAAAAUCAAAGCAAAGGGAGUUGAUGUUGACAUUGAGGGACCUGAAGUCAAAGGUGACAUGUCACUCCCUAAAAUUAAAGCUCCAGAGGUGGAUAUCAGCCUUCAAGGCCCUGAUGUUGAAGGAGGAAAGUUCAACUUGCCAUCUGUUGACAUUUCACUGCCCAAAGGAAAGGCUGAUGCUGACCUCAGCAUUGAGGGUCCUGAGGUAAAAGGAGGCAAAUUCAAAAUGCCCAAAUUUGAUGUUUCACUUCCAAAGAUGAACCUGCCAGAGGGCAAUGUGGAAAUGCCAACAGUUGAUAUUUCACUUCCAAAAGGAAAGAUAGAGGGAGAUGCUGAAAUUGGAGCACAUGUGGGCAAAGGAGGCAAGUUUCACAUGCCCUCACUGGAUAUCUCUCUUCCUAAAAUGAAAGCAAAGGGAGUUGAUGUUGAUAUUGAAGGACCUGAACUUAAAGGUGACAUUUCACUUCCACAAGGAAAAGUUGAGGGUGACCUAAAUGUUGAAGGCCCUGACAUAAAAGGAGGCAAAUUUAAAAUGCCCAAAUUUGAUGUCUCAUUGCCAAAAGUGAGUCUCCCCGAGGGCGAUGUCAAAAUAAAAGGGCCUGAGAUCAAGGGCAAGAAGAUUGAAAUGCCAGACAUUGAUAUUUCUCUCCCCAAAGGAAAAGCAGGAGGAGAGAUUGAAAUUGAAGGUCACGUUGGCAAAGGAGGCAAGUUCCAUAUGCCCUCGCUCGAUAUCUCUCUUCCUAAAAUGAAAGCAAAGGGACCAGAGAUAACUACUGAGGGUCUUGACGUGAAAGGUGGAAAGCUGAACAUGCCAUCACUUGAUGUUUCUCUGCCCAAAGUGAAAUCUCCAGAGGUGGAUGUCAGCUUUGAGGGUCCUGAUGUUAAAGGAGGAAAGGUCAACAUCCCAACUGUUGACAUUUCACUUCCCAAAGGAAAAGUUGAGGGUGACCUAAAUGUUGAAGGCCCUGAAGUGAAAGGAGGCAAAUUCAAAAUGCCAAAGUUUGAUGUUUCUUUACCAAAAGUGAGUCUCCCAAAGGUUGAUGCCAAUGUGGAAGGACCAGAGAUUAAAGGAAAAUUUGGAAUGCCAACAGUUGAUAUUUCACUUCCAAAAGGAAAGGCUGAUGCCAAUAUUGACAUUGAUGGACACAGUGGUAAAGGAGGCAAGUUUCACAUGCCCUCGUUUGAUAUCUCUCUUCCUAAAAUCAAAGCAAAGGGAGUUGAUGUUGACAUUGAGGGACCUGAAGUCAAAGGUGACAUGUCACUCCCUAAAAUUAAAGCUCCAGAGGUGGAUAUCAGCCUUCAAGGCCCUGAUGUUGCAGGAGGAAAGUUCAACUUGCCAUCUGUUGACAUUUCACUGCCCAAAGGAAAGGCUGAUGCUGACCUCAGCAUUGAGGGUCCUGAGGUAAAAGGAGGCAAAUUCAAAAUGCCCAAAUUUGACAUUUCACUUCCAAAGAUGAACUUGCCAGAGGGCAAUGUGGAAAUGCCAACAGUUGAUGUUUCACUUCCCAAAGGAAAAAUAGAGGGAGAUGCUGAAAUUGGAGCACAUGUGGGCAAAGGAGGCAAGUUUCACAUGCCCUCACUGGAUAUCUCUCUUCCUAAAAUGAAAGCAAAGGGAGUUGAUGUUGAUAUUGAAGGACCUGAACUUAAAGGUGGCAUUUCACUUCCUCAAGGAAGAGUUGAGGGUGACCUAAAUGUUGAAGGCCCCGACAUAAAAGGAGGCAAAUUUAAAAUGCCCAAAUUUGAUGUCUCAUUGCCAAAAGUGAGUCUCCCCGAGGGCGAUGUCAAAAUAAAAGGGCCUGAGAUCAAGGGCAAGAAGAUUGAAAUGCCAGACAUUGAUAUUUCUCUCCCCAAAGGAAAAGCAGGAGGAGAGAUUGAAAUUGAAGGUCACGUUGGCAAAGGAGGCAAGUUCCAUAUGCCCUCGCUCGAUAUCUCUCUUCCUAAAAUGAAAGCAAAGGGACCAGAGAUAACUACUGAGGGUCUUGACGUGAAAGGUGGAAAGCUGAACAUGCCAUCACUUGAUGUUUCUCUGCCCAAAAUGAAAUCUCCAGAGGUGGAUGUCAGCUUUGAGGGUCCUGAUGUUAAAGGAGGAAAGGUCAACAUCCCAACUGUUGACAUUUCACUUCCCAAAGGAAAAGUUGAGGGUGACCUAAAUGUUGAAGGCCCUGAAGUGAAAGGAGGCAAAUUCAAAAUGCCAAAGUUUGAUGUUUCUUUGCCAAAAGUGAGUCUCCCAAAGGUUGAUGCCAAUGUGGAAGGACCAGAGAUUAAAGGAAAAUUUGGAAUGCCAACAGUUGAUAUUUCACUUCCAAAAGGAAAGGCUGAUGCCAAUAUUGACAUUGAUGGACACAGUGGUAAAGGAGGCAAGUUUCACAUGCCCUCGUUUGAUAUCUCUCUUCCUAAAAUCAAAGCAAAGGGAGUUGAUGUUGACAUUGAGGGACCUGAAGUCAAAGGUGACAUGUCACUCCCUAAAAUUAAAGCUCCAGAGAUGGAUAUCAGCCUUGAAGGCCCUGAUGUUGAAGGAGGAAAGUUCAACUUGCCAUCUGUUGACAUUUCACUGCCCAAAGGAAAGGCUGAUGCUGACCUCAGCAUUGAGGGUCCUGAGGUAAAAGGAGGCAAAUUCAAAAUGCCCAAAUUUGACAUUUCACUUCCAAAGAUGAACUUGCCAGAGGGCAAUGUGGAAAUGCCAACAGUUGAUGUUUCACUUCCCAAAGGAAAAAUAGAGGGAGAUGCUGAAUUUGGAGCACAUGUGGGCAAGGGAGGCAAGUUUCACAUGCCCUCGCUGGAUAUCUCUCUUCCUAAAAUGAAAGCAAAGGGAGUUAAUGUUGAUAUUGAAGGACCUGAACUUAAAGGUGGCAGUUCACUUCCUCAAGGAAAAGUUGAGGGUGACCUAAAUGUUGAAGGCCCUGACAUAAAAGGAGGCAAAUUUAAAAUGCCCAAAUUUGAUGUCUCAUUACCGAAAGUGAAUCUCCCAGAGGGCGAUGUCAAAAUAAAAGGCCCAGACAUCAAGGGAGGGAAGAUUGAAAUGCCAGACAUUGAUAUUUCACUCCCCAAAGGAAAAGCAGGAGGAGAGAUUGAAAUUGAAGGUCAUGUUGGCAAAGGAGGCAAGUUCCAUAUGCCCUCGCUCGAUAUCUCUCUUCCUAAAAUGAAAGCAAAGGGACCAGAGAUAACUACUGAGGGUCUUGACGUGAACGGUGGAAAGCUGAACUUGCCAUCAUUUGAUGUUUCUCUGCCCAAAAUGAAAUCUCCAGAGGUGGAUGUCAGCUUUGAGGGUCCUGAUGUCAAAGGAGGAAAGGUCAACAUCCCAACUGUUGACAUUUCACUUCCCAAAGGAAAAGUUGAGGGCGACCUAAAUGUUGAAGGCCCUGAAGUGAAAGGUGGCAAAUUCAAAAUGCCAAAGUUUGAUGUUUCUUUACCAAAAGUGAGUCUCCCAAAGGUUGAUGCCAAUGUGGAAGGACCAGAGAUUAAAGGAAAAUUUGGAAUGCCAACAUUUGAUAUUUCACUUCCAAAAGGAAAGGCUGAUGCCAAUAUUGACAUUGAUGGACACAGUGGUAAAGGAGGCAAGUUUCACAUGCCCUCAUUUGAUAUCUCUCUUCCUAAAAUCAAAGCAAAGGGAGUUGAUGUUGACAUUGAGGGACCUGAAGUCAAAGGUGACAUGUCACUCCCUAAAAUUAAAGCUCCAGAGGUGGAUGUCAGCCUUGAAGGCCCUGAUGUUGAAGGAGGAAAGUUUAAAUUGCCGACUGUUGACAUCUCAGUUCCCGUGGGAAAAGUGCAGGGAGAUAUAAAUAUUGAAGGACCAUCUGGGAAGGAAGCAUUUCACAUGCCAAAAGUUGACUCAACUGGUAAAAAAGGUGGUGGGCUCCACAUGCCAACUUUUGACAUUAAUGUCCCCAAAUUUGAUCUUGACCUCAGCCUCCCCUCUGGUAUGAAAGACAAAAGCCUGAAAGUGGACACCAUUGGUCCUGACACAUCAGGAGAUUUGGGCAUGUCUGGUCUCAAGGGAGAUAUUAAUCCAGCCAAGUUGAAAGUCAAGGGUGCAGACAUCGAGACAGGUAGUGUAGAAGGUCCAGGGGCAUCCAUCAAGCUUCCCACUGUCAAACUACCAACUGUUGACAUCUCAGCUCCAAAAGUUGAUCUAGAUUUUGCUCUCACCAAACCUAAAGGUGAAGAUGUGGAGGUAGAGCUCCUGAAAGCAGAGGGGGGCAGGCCUUCAUCAGGGGGCAGCUUUGAUCUACCUGAUGUCUCCCUCAAAGUCCCCAGUUUCUCUCUUCCGAGGUUUGGUGGAAGGUCCAAGAGUGGCGAUUUGCAGAUAUCAGGAAAAGGGGUGUCUCCCAAAGGAGACAUUUCCCUCAGCCCACCUCAUGUGGAAGGAGAAGUUAGGGCACCAUCAGUAGAGUUUGAUGGAGAUGGAAAGGUCAAGGUGAAAAAACCCAAAAUCAAAAUGCCCUCAUUUGGUAUAUCCAAAAAGAAUGCAGAUGUAUCUGUGUCUUGUCCUGAUGUGGAUGUUAAAGUGAAAAAGGGGAAAAUUGACAUUUCUAAACCGGAAGUAAAUGUUGAGAGCCCAGGUGAUAAAUCAAAAUACAAAGUGAAAUUCCCCAAGUUUAAAAUAUCAUCACCGAAAGGUCAACUCCCAGGGGGAGAUGCUAAGCUGGAAGCAGAUGUGGAAGGGAAAGGUAGUGACAUCACUGUCAAACUACCAAAGUUCUCCAUGCCAGGAUUUGGCUCUAAAGAAAAAGAUUUAGGUAAGCCAAGUGGUUCCCUUGAUGCUAAGGCCAAGGUCAAGAUGCCUUCUGUCGAGCUGUCACUACCAGCAGCUAAAACAACAGAGACUGAGGUUCUGCUCCCGAAAGCAGAGGUUGAUGUCUCAGAGGCUGAUAUCAGAGGUUAUGAGGGAAACCUCAAAAUUCCCAAAAUGCCAACAAUUGAUGUUUCCAUCCCCAAAAUAGACCUGGAUGUGUCCCUGCCAAAAGUAAAGCAUGGUGCAAAGGUUGAUGGAGAAGGAGACAAAUUCAAGAUGCCAGACAUCGAGAUGCCUGACAUUGACUUGUCCCUUCCUGAAGGAAAAACAGACAUUGGAGUUGGUGCAGAGGGAGGGAAGUUCAAAAUGCCUGACGUGGAUAUAUCCCUGCCAAAAGGAAAGUCACCAAAGACUGAAGGACCACAAGUGGAACUCAAAGGAGGUGAAGGAAAAUUCAAAAUGCCUCACAUAACAAUGCCAUCAAUAAAUGUGUCCCUUCCCAAAGGCAAAUCAGGGGAUCUUGAUGUACCAGACAUUGAAACAGAUGGUGAUGGCGAAGGAGGUGGCAAAUUUAAGAUGCCUCAUUUCAAAGUGCCCAAUGUUGAUAUAACCUUACCAAAAGCAAAACCUGGAAAAAAUGAUACUCCAGACAUUGAUGUAGAAGUACAGGGCGGCAAAUUCACCAUGCCUGGUAUCAAAAUGCCCACCAUUGAGGGAAAAGGAAAGAUAGAAGGUCCAGAAGUUCAAACAGAGGGAGGUACUGGAGGAAAGUUUAAAUUGCCACACAUGAAAAUGCCCAACAUUGACAUCUCUCUCCCUAAAGCAAAAGUUGAGGGUACUGUAAUAGAGACACCUGAAAUAGAAAUGGGGGGACAAGGACAUGGAGAGUUCAAAAUGCCACACAUGAAAAUGCCAGAUGUUGAUAUUUCUCUUCCCAAAGGAAAACUUGAUGUUCCAGAUGUUGAACUACAAGGAGAUGGAGGAGGGAAAUUCAAAACACCUCACAUGAAAAUGCCUUCAGUUAACAUUUCAUUGCCCAAAGGAAAGAUUGAGGGGCCAGGGGCUGAGCUCAAAGGGGAAGGUGGACAAUUCAAGAUGCCACAUCUCAGCAUGCCCUCUGUUGAUAUUUCACCACCCAAAGGAAAGAUCGAGGGUCCAGAAUUUGAAACAGAGGGAAGUAUCGGAGGAAAGUUCAAAAUGCCACACAUGAAAAUGCCCAACAUUGACAUCUCACUCCCUAAAGCAAAAGUUGAAGCCACUGAAAUAGAAGUGGAGCAACAAGGACAUGGAAAAUUCAAAAUGCCAAACAUGAAAGUACCAGAUGUUGAUAUCUCUCUGCCCAAAGGAAAAGUCGAAGGUCCAGAACUUGAAAUGGAGGUAGAUGGAGGGGUGAAAUUUAAAAAACCUGACAUGAAAAUGCCUUCAGUUGACAUUUCACUGCCAAAAGGAAAAGUUGAAGGUCCAGAUGCUGAAGUAGAAGGAGGUAGUGGAGGAAAGUUCAAGAUGCCUCAUUGGAAAAUGCCAGAUGUUGAUAUCUCUCUGCCCAAAGGAAAGAUUGAAGGUCCAGAUGUUGAAAUAAAGGGAGAUGGAGGAGGAAAAUUCAAAAUGCCUUACAUGAAAAUGCCAGAUGUUGACAUCUUUCCGCCCAAAGGAAAAUCUGGCAAAAUUGAAGGAGCAGAGCUGAAGAUUGAGGGAGAAGGAGGCAAAUCUAAAAUUCCACACAUGACAGUGCCCUCAGUAGACAUUUCAUUACCUAAAGCACAGACUGAAGGUCCUAAAGCUGAAAUUAAGUGUGAGGGAGGAAAGUUCAAGAUGCCAAAUGUUGACAUAUAUCUCCCGAAAGGAAAACCUUCAAUCAAAGGUCCAGAGAUAGAGAUUAAGGGAGAUGGGGGACAGGUCAAGGUUCCUAAUGUGGACAUAGCUAUCCCUGAAGGAAAAGCCAAUAUUGACACUCCAGAAGUGAAUGUGGAAGCAGAGGGGGCAACCAUCAAGCUGCCACACAUCAAGAUGCCAAAAGUUGAUAUUUCACUUCCUAAAGGUAAAAGUAAAGAUAUUGAAGCACCUGCUGUAGAGAUGGAAGUCAAGGGGGGAAGGUCCAAAGGUCCAGAUGUUAAGCUUCCAAAGGGGGGUGUACCAGUACUAAGCGAUAAAUCAGGCAAAGUGGAGAUGAGUUUACCAACCAUUGAGGCAGGAGGAAAGAUUAAAGGCCCACUAGUCACAUCACCAGGUCUGGGCAUCGAUGUGACACAUGAUACACCUAAGCAAGAUACAGACACUUACGGUGAAGCUGAUUUGCAUGUUGAGGGACAGCACCAAGGUCUGAAACUCAAGAUGCCAACAAUAGAUAUCAAAGGUCCAAAAGGAGACCUGGAAUUUGAUAUAGGAAUUCAUAGAGGAGAGGGCAAGAAGGACAAGAAAAAAUUUGAAUUACCUGACUUGGAUCUUAACACAGCAGGAACCAGCAGCAAGGGGAAGGGGCCUAAAGUCAAAGGAACCAAAUUUAAGAUUGAAAUGCCAAAAAAGAAAACUGGCAGAAAUGUAACUGGCAAAGAGGAGUUAGAUGACCAAGUCCAACACAGAUGCAAAGUUAAAGAAGGAUUUCUGUGUGAAGUUGAAGUUGAAACACACAACGGACAUAAAGAGGACAGAGACCGUAUUAAAAUCGCAGUGCCAGAGAUUACAUUACCAAGUGUACAAGGCUCAGCCAAUGUAGGAACAGAUGGGGAGGGUGGUCUCUCAUCUUCCAGAGCAGAAGUGAAAGUCCCCAGGAUUCCAGACAUAGAGUUUGAUAUUGGUGAAUCACAGGAUGAAGAUUACAAAACAGAGAAAGGCAAGAAAAUCAAAAUCCCUAAGUUUGGCGUCCCAUUACCCUCCAUCUCCUUUCCCGAGGGAAGAAUGAACAUCUCUGGACCAGAAAUUCAAUAUGAGGGCCCUAAAAUGCCCAAAGUGAAGAAAGCUGUUUUUGUCUUGGUGAAUCCUCCUGCAUCAGAUGAGUCCGCUGUAUGCACAAGCCUGCAAGAGGAGACAACAGCGGAGGCUGAAACAGAGGACACCAAGGUGAAGAUGCCCAAAAUCAAAAUGAAGCCAAGCUUUGGGAAGUCCAAAGAUAAAUCAGGUGCAAUAAGCACAGAGUGGGAGGCAGAGGAUAAGUCAAAGGGAGGGAAGACUAAAACGCCCCAGGUGUCAUUUUCUCCUGGCAAAUCAGGGUUAGUGGAUGUCAAAGGUUCAAGUCUCAAUGGUGAACAAGAUGCAAGUCUUCACAAGGGCUCCAAGGAUGAUAAAGGGGCAUUCAGUGGUAAAAUCAAACUUCCAAAGGUGGAGUUCACCUCUCCAUAUGUUAAGAUGGCUACAGAGGAGGAGGACACAGAAAUGAGUGUGAAACAGGCAAAGGAUUCAUCAUCAGGAGGAGCAGGGGGAGAUUCAAAAGGGCUUACAGUAAAGUCGAGCAGGAGCGCCUCUGCAGGUUUUAAUGUGGAGCCCUCUGAGGAUGUGGUUUCAUCUCAAGCCAGAACAGAUAUGCUGGACAGGGACAGCUCAGAGUCCCCUGCUGGUUUUACCAUGGAGUUCAGCUCAACAAAGGUCCAGGCGUGGAGCGAGGUUGACAGCAAAAGUAGGGAGUCUGAAGAAAGAGAGUCUUCCCCCUGGUUCAAGGUCCCUAAGUUCACCCUGAAGCCACACUCCACAGGCUUUCUCCAGAUAACCCCAGAGGGCUCUCCUCAGGCCCAGCGGAAGGGGGAGGUGGGAGGCGACGUAGACGUCUCGGGGUCUUUCUGCCUCCACUCCUCGGGGCUCGACUUAACCACCCAGGAAAUGUCUGAAGAGCAUCGAGUCUCCUCCGCCAAGGAGGGAACUGUCACCACGGUGACCAAGACCACCAGAAUCACCCGGCAACUGGUUACCACUGAAACGCGAACGGGUGAAUCUUCGACAACCGUGACAACAACUCACCAGGUGUCGGACUUCAACUACUGAGGAUGCUGUAACGACAUCUUACGUGUCUUUUAUUUCUUUAUGUUUUUCUUUGGUGAGGUUGCAGUGUUCUAGUAAGCUAAGCCUGCAACGUGGCAAACCUUGAUUCAGUCAAAGUCUUUAUUUUAUAUUUUAUUAGAUGAGGUAUGAAUGUGAUGAAACGCAAUGACACUUCAUCAGCAGCAUUAUUGUCAUUAUUACAGCAAACAGAGUAAUAUAUGCUUCCUUUUUCAUUUUAAAUGUGACUAUUUUUUGUUAUUUUUGAGUUUUGUUAGUUUAGUCCUACUUAUAUAUCACAUUUUGUUUGGUUUAAAAGGUUUCACUCUGAAUGUAAACAUGUCGGACUGCUUAAUUAUUUAUUGUUGUUUGUGUGGUCGAAAUGGGCUGGAAUGAAUCAUUUAUUCACAUCAUGGAUUUGACCAUGAUUUUAAGAUGGACAAAAUAAUUCAUUUUGAACCUCUACAGUACAGGCCAGAGUAAUAUUUAUGUAAAUACAACAAUAUAAUUGCUUUUUUGUAGCAGUAUCCCUUCAAUACGAAAUGUAAUUAUUUUCAUAUUCACCAGAGUCAAGAGUAAAAAUAAUAUUUUUUUGACCUGAAAGAAAAGUGUGAGCUUGUUGAGAUUAUAGGCUAUUCUCAUUUUCAGCCAUAGUUUUAUAUUUGAAGCAUUUAGCUGGUGCUGUUACCCAGAGAUAGUCACAGUGAGCGAGCAGGACACUCUGGACUAUUUUUCUGCUGUGGGGAUCAAACCUGUGAGCUCCGGUUUCCAGGUUGCUCUCAAACAUUUAGGCCACCCUGCUGCUAAUAUAUUUUAUAUUCAUGUUUUUACUGUACACUGCCAGACACUGUUGUGUAUUAGGUGGACGAGGCUUUAGCUUCAGGAUACACCUCCUGACUGAUGCAGAUUGUUUGUUUUUUUUUUAACUCAGCUGUGAAUUGUGUUGAGUUUUUGAAAACAGCGAGCUGGGAGGAAAUUUGGGUGUUUCGGGUGCUGCUGAGCACUUUAACAAAAGCGAUGUGACUCUAAGGCUGCUGCAAUGACACACUGGCGAAGGAGUGGCGAGCCUUGACCUUGUACAAAAGCCAUCACUUAACAAAAUAUGUCCUCUAAAGAGAGAAGAGAUCAAGAAGAAGAGGACCAAGGCACGUUUUCCUCUUGAGAAAAAUGUCUUUAAUAAUCUGAAAUUCUUCUGUUUAUUAUAUUGUAAUUCAUAAGAUAUCACAGAAUAACUUUGGAUGUGAAAAUUAUUAAUAUCAGGUUAUUAAAACAAUUUUUAUCAAGUGCCUUUACCCCUUAUUGUUCAAGAAGCGUGUCCUCCAUUUAAAGUACAAAUUGCUUUGAAAUGGAGGGCGAAAAGCCUUCUGCUGUCUUUGGAGAUUUCCACAUUGAGACAUUGAAGUUUCAUUCCCAAAUGCAGUAACUUCCAUUUGAGAAAAACAGCUAACGUUUCUGGCAUUAAAUGAAAACUGCCGGUUUUAUAUGCGACUCGUUGCCGUUUACGUACAAGAUAACACUUUCAGAGGAUACAACCAUGUGAUGAGCUAUUUUUCAAGUGGACGAAAAGCAUUUCAGAAUGAACACUUUUUACUGUACUUAGUUUGCUCUCUUGGUUGGUAGAUGGAAUGAAAUUGUGUGAUAAAAUGCAUGAAGACAUCCUGACGAACCCACUCCCACAUUUUUCAUUAACAACUUUUAACACGAAGCCUGUUUUGCAGGUGAGAAUUUUUUAAAAAAAGCUGUGACCAGAGUAGUGACAUGUCAAGGUAACACGCACUGAUUAGUAUCUGUGUCUCUAGUGACUUCCACUCUUCUGGUUUAAUCAAGUCCCCGAAUCUCUUUUCGAUUUGAGCGGUUUCAGUGCCAAGUGUUUUUGUCAAGGCUGCAUUGGAGAGGAUGUUGGUUAAAAUGUGACAUCAAUAAAAUGAUAUUCCCAUAAGAAAUGUUCAAACGAGAGUUUCCUGAUGUCUUCAC